UGAGGCUGAUGACGUCGGCAGAAACAUUUCUCUCUCUCUCUCUCCUCUCCCUUUCUCUCUCUAAAAAAUGAGGAAGAAGCGAGUGGUGAUAGUGGGAGGCACAGGCUACUUGGGGCAGCACCUUCUGCAAUCUUUGGCCGACGAUCCAGUUGCAAAUUCCACCUUAUCUCUCGCAUUCACGCAUCACUCCGUUCCUCCACCUCACGCGCUUCUCAAUGCCGUUCCUCACGCUCUCCCUUUCCACGUCGAUCUACGCUCCGGCGACGGCCUCAGUGCCAUCUCCGACGCAUUCGGACAGCCUGACGUCGUGAUAAAUUGCGCUGCGCUUUCCGUCCCUCGCGUGUGCGAAUCGGAUCCGGAAGCAGCCAUGUCUGUAAAUGUUCCUACGUCUCUCGUGAAGUGGCUAUCUAGCUUCGGAGAUGCUACUCUUCUGAUUCAUUUGUCAACCGAUCAAGUUUAUGAAGGGACAAAGUCCUUCUACAAAGAAGAAGAUGAGGCUGCUCCCGUGAAUGUUUACGGGAAAUCCAAAGUUGAAGCGGAGCGUUUCGUAUCGAAGAACUGCCAAAACUUUGCGAUUUUGAGAAGCAGUAUAAUAUACGGACCACAAACUAUCUCCCCUGUUCCUAAAUCACUUCCGAUCCAGUGGAUAGAUGGUGCCCUUGCUAAGGGAGAGACGAUGAAUUUCUUUAACGAUGAGUUUCGUUGCCCUGUAUUUGUAAAGGAUCUUGUUUCUAUCAUACAGUUCCUCACUAAUCAAUGGAUCUCGGAGGGUAAGCAAGUCCAGUUGCUUCUAAAUGUCGGCGGACCAGAUAGGGUUUCGCGGGUUCAAAUGGCUGAGGCUGUUGCACUUGUUAGAGGUUAUAGUACCUCGUUAAUUAAACCGGUGCCUUCUUCAUCGGUAUUUUUCUAG